AGGAAUGCAGUUAAGUCUUUUUUAAGUAAAACGAAAGAGCAGGUAGUUCUGCUUCCUCCCCUUCUCUUGGUUUUGUUCCAGCAGACAAUCAAUGAGCCGCUCUCUUGAAUUCAGAAGAAAGGUCAGCUAGGUUGAUCUUGAUAUUCUCCCUCUCCUUACUCCUGAUGGCCAUCCCUCCUGAGGAGCUGGAGUUUUAGGUCAGGCUCAAAGUGGUGGGCAUCCCAAGGAAGAAAAAUCAUUGGUACAAGUGUUGUUUUUUUUUUUUUUUACUUUGGUCUUGACUCCUUGACUUUGGACGUUGGAGCUUGUGUUGUGUGCGUUUCAGGGGAGAGGAGCAGUGGAAUUCAUCAAUUUCUCAGGCGUCUAGGACCCCAAAACAGUUAAGAACACCGGUUUAGCUGUGGCUGUUCCCUGAAAGGAAUGAACUUGGCCUGGUUGUUCCUCUGAUGCCCCAUGUCACCACACAUUGGAUUUUCACUACUAAAAAUGGGUGUUUGCACAUUGCUGUGUAAGAGUUGUGUUCUGUCUUGUUUUUAAGUAUUUGUCUUGUUUUUCCCACCAAACUGGCCAAUGACGCCGUGCCCUCUGCUGGCCUGCCUGUGGUUGCCAUGGCUCAGGGCUUUGUAUGUGGUGGCUGUGCAGUCACUGUAAUUAACUGACUUGGGUGCUGGGUGUAGGAGAACAGCCUGGAAGGCAGGCACAGAUGGGACAGCUUUUGUUCUGAGUAGGACAUGAAUUCGUGCCCUUAAUUGAAUUUGGGUCCGGUUACUUGUGGAACCCAGCCAAUGUCAAGUUCGAACCCACGACAGGGUCUUUUUCGGAGUAGCACGAACUCAGGAGAAAUCUGGCUGCUCUGUCAUGCCCACACUCUUUCCAUCCUGCAUGCAGACAGACAGUUUCAAGUAACAGGAGAUGUUCCAGGCAGGGCCAGGCUGGGCUCUGCCUUCUUUGGAGAGUAAUCCAGUGACCCUGAACGUCUGUUGGCCUCCUAUCCACCAACCCCUGCAGUCUCCAAUCAACAGCGCCCUCCUUCCAGCCGGCUUCUGCAACUAGAGCCUCAGCCCUCCCUCUCGCCUGGAAGCCUUGCCCCCGCCCCCUUGCGCAGGGCCCCAGCUAGUCUAGCUCUGGGCUCUUCCCUUGUCACAGCUCCCUCCGCCCAGAGGAACACACUCAUUGGGGAGGUUUCCUCUUUCUUCUUCCCCACCCACUCUGGGUCCCAGCUGGCAGAGAUGGACCAUCCAACACCCAAGGUUCUCCCAGCCAGACCCCGCAGCCCCUCCCUAGGAAUGUGGGCUUUGGAGGCCGGCAGGGUGAGGUUCUCAGUGCCACCCUCCAUCAGCAGGAACCCGGCCAUGGUGAACGAACCCAGAGGGGAUGGCGGCCCCCCUCCGCGCUCAGAGGGCAGCAGCAGCGGCAGCGAGAGCUCCAAGGAGAGUUCGAGAUGUUCCACGCCCGGGCUGGACCCCGAGCGCCACGACAGACUCAGGGAGAAGAUGAGGCGAAGGAUGGAAUCUGGUGACAAGUGGUUCUCCCUGGAAUUCUUCCCUCCUCGGACGGCUGAGGGAGCUGUCAAUCUCAUCUCAAGGUUUGAUCGGAUGGGGGCAGGAGGCCCCCUCUUCAUAGAUGUGACCUGGCACCCAGCAGGGGACCCCGGCUCAGACAAGGAGACCUCUUCCAUGAUGAUUGCCAGCACCGCCGUGAACUACUGUGGCCUGGAGACCAUCCUGCACAUGACCUGCUGCUGUCAGAGCCGGGAACAGAUCACAGGCUACCUGCACAAGGCCAAGCGGCUGGGCCUGAAGAACAUCUUGGCGCUGAGGGGAGACCCCGUGGGUGACCAGUGGGAAGAGGAGGAGGGAGGCUUCAGCUAUGCGGCGGACUUGGUGAGGCACAUCCGAAGGGAGUUCGGGGACUACUUCGACAUCUGUGUGGCAGGUUACCCCAAAGGCCACCCCGACGCAGGGAGCUUUGAGGCUGACCUGAAGUACUUGAAGGAGAAGGUAUCCGCAGGAGCCGACUUCAUCAUCACCCAGCUUUUCUUUGAGGCUGACACAUUCUUCCACUUUGUUAAGGCUUGCAGCGAGAUAGGCAUUACCUGCCCCAUCCUCCCCGGAAUCUUUCCUAUUCAGGGCUACCACUCCCUUCGGCAGCUCGUGAAACUGUCCAAGCUGGAGGUACCGCAGCAGAUCAAGGACGUGAUUGAGCCAAUCAAAGACAAUGAUGAUGCCAUCCGAAACUAUGGCAUUGAGCAGGCCGUGAGCCUGUGCCAGGAACUUCUGACCAGUGGCUUGGUGCCAGGCCUCCAUUUCUAUACCCUCAACCGUGAGAUGGCUACCACAGAGGUGCUGAAGCGUCUGGGCAUGUGGAUUGAGGACCCCAGGCGUCCCCUGCCCUGGGCUGUCAGUGCCCACCCCAAGCGCCGGGAGGAAGAUGUACGUCCCAUCUUCUGGGCCUCCAGACCAAAGAGUUACAUCUACCGCACACAGGAGUGGGAUGAGUUCCCCAACGGCCGCUGGGGCAAUUCCUCCUCUCCAGCCUUUGGGGAGCUGAAGGACUACUACCUCUUCUACCUGAAGAGUAAGUCCCCAAGGGAAGAGCUACUGAAGAUGUGGGGGGAGGAGCUGACCAGUGAAGAAAGUGUCUUUGAAGUCUUUGCCUGCUACCUCUCAGGAGAGCCCAACCAACAUGGUCACAAGGUGACUUGCCUACCUUGGAAUGAUGAGCCCCUGGCGGCUGAGACCAGCCUGAUGAAGGAGGAGCUGCUGCGAGUGAACCGGCAGGGCAUCCUCACCAUCAACUCCCAGCCCAACAUCAAUGGGAAACCAUCCUCCGACCCCAUUGUGGGCUGGGGCCCCAGUGGGGGCUAUGUCUUCCAGAAGGCCUACUUGGAGUUCUUCACUUCCCGAGAGACGGUGGGGGCGCUUCUGCAGGUGCUGAAGAAGUAUGAGCUCCGGGUUAAUUACCACAUCGUGGACGUCAAGGGUGAAAACAUCACCAAUGCCCCUGAGCUGCAGCCCAACGCAGUCACAUGGGGCAUCUUCCCUGGGCGAGAGAUCAUCCAGCCUACAGUGGUCGAUCCCGUCAGCUUCAUGUUCUGGAAGGAUGAAGCCUUCGCCCUGUGGAUCGAGCAGUGGGGCAAGCUGUAUGAGGAGGAGUCUCCGUCCCGCAUGAUCAUCCAGUACAUCCACGACAACUAUUUCCUGGUCAACUUGGUGGACAAUGAGUUUCCGCUGGACAACUGCCUCUGGCAGGUGGUAGAAGAUACAUUUGAACUUCUCAACAGGCCCACGCCAGAGCAAGGGGCAGAGGCUCUAUGAUCCUGCACCCUCGUGUCCUUGGCUUGAGCCCACUGGUGUCCUGCCUUCCUCCUCCCCAAUCCUAGUUUUCCUGGGGACCCCUCCUCUUUCAUCUCUCCCCAAGCCCCGGCCUCCACUCCUCACGUGGUGAUGGCAGCUAGACGCUCUGGCUGGACCGGAGCCAGCCCCUCGAGGGAGGCUGGUCUUCCUUGCUCAGCCUAGAGUCUGUGCCCUAUAUGAGGAGCACCUCCCUCCGCAGAGGACCUCGUGGGUGGAACAACAUCCUCCCUGAGGAGAAGAAGAGGGGGUGGUUGUUGCUGACCGAGCCCCUGAACCAGGGCAGUUCCUGGGACCUUGCAUUCGGACCUGCGGGGACAGCAGUGAACCCGGGUGGCAGGCACUUACGGUGCUGCCGAAGAGACCGGCAGAGCGGAGGGCCCCCCCCCGCCCCCGCUCAUCUUGGAGGUGGUCCUGCUUGUGGCUGGAGGGGCAGAUCCCUGCCCUGCCCACCUGCUUGGCAGGCCGCCCGCCAGGCCUUGGCCUGAAACCCGAUAAGGCAAGCAUUUCUUGCCCCUGGCUGCCUGAGAGCCCAGCUGGGCUUUCACUUUUCUACUGUGCUGCUUUUCUGUAUUCUGGUGGUUCAAGAGGGAAAGUACCUCGUAGAGGUUAAAGGCAUCUGAACCCUUA